GUUGCAUCCGAGCCCGGAAGGGCACGGUCCUGGUAUAUAGAUAGUCGCGAUCCCUUUGUCCUGUUGAGCAAGGCUGGACUACUAUUGGUAACACAAGUUACGCUUCGCACUUGACUAUACUCUACUAUUCGUUCGAAUACUUGAACACUUGACAAAUAUGCCGAUGAAACUUGAAGGCAGCUGCCAGUGUGGCAGCGUUGAGUUCACACUCGAAUCGUCAACUCCAGUUCCCUAUCAACUAUGCGCCUGUAGCAUCUGCCGAAAGGUAGGCGGGUACAGUGGCAGCGUCAAUCUGGGCGGUAUUGCCGACAGCCUAAAGAUCAAGAAGGGAAAGGACUUGAUCAAGAAAUAUUCCGCUGUCAUGGCGAGAGGCACACCAGAUGAGAAGAUCUGUGCGUCGGAGCGGAAUUUCUGUUCCAAUUGCAGCACCAUGCUUUGGCUGUGGGAUCACCAUUGGCCAGAGCUCAUUCAUCCUUUUGCUUCGGCCAUUGAUACCGAACUGCCGGUCCCUGAUGAGAUGGUCUGCCUUAUGGAGAGCUCUAAGCCGGCGUGGGUGCGAUGGCCUGAGGGGAAGAAGCAGGUAUACGAUGUUUAUCCAGAGGACAGCUUGGAAGACUGGCACAAGAAGCACAACUUGUUCUUUGAGUAGAUGGAGGUCCAAGGUGACGAUGAUACGAAGCUUUACGAGAGAUGUCGACCUAUGUUUUACAGAAAAGUGGGAGCAUUAUUUGUGAAGAAUGAACACAUUAUCAUUAUCAUUAUCAUUAUAGUAGCUAUUCAUAGGCGUGAC